GGGAUGACUCAUCGUCACACACACCUUUAACAUCCCGCACGGCACUCUCACACCUUUACUCUGCAACUUCGACGCACAACAAUCGGUGGGAAUGAGCUAAAUGAGCACAGCAUUCAUUGAAAUAGGAUCUCUUUUUAAAAAGGUAAUUACCUCGACUGCAUUUACACAGCUGCUGGAUUUUGGACUUAAAGACAGCGGGUUCUACGGUCGGGGUCUUUCUGCCGGGAUUGUGCGCUGGGGCUGAUCUCUCGUUUUGAAUUCCACCAGCGAGGAUCAAAUCGGAGGGAACCUUCAUCUCAACUGUGGAGGUACUAAUACGGCGCAGCGUUUGCUGUCCACUCCAUAUUCUCUCUAUUAAAGGGACACAUCCGAACUGUUCAUGACAAUGCCGGUGGUCAAAGUGGAGAAAGAACCUCAAGCCGAGCACAAGUUGCCCGCCUCCAACCCUUCAGUGCAGUCAGAGGAGCAGCCCAGAGGUCGGCGGAGGAAGAGACCUCUCCAGCGAGGGAAACCCCCCUACAGCUACAUCGCGCUGAUUUCCAUGGCCAUAGCCAACUCCCCCGACCGCAAGCUGACGUUGGGUGGAAUCUACAAGUUCAUCACAGAGCGCUUCCCCUUCUACAGAGACAAUUCCAAAAAAUGGCAGAACUCCAUCCGUCAUAAUUUGACUCUCAACGACUGCUUCAUCAAGAUCGCCAGAGAGCCGGGGCGGCCGGGAAAGGGCAACUACUGGGCCUUGGACCCGAACGCAGAGGACAUGUUCGAGAGCGGCAGCUUCUUGAGGCGCAGGAAGAGGUUCAAGCGCUGUGACUUGAGCACGUACACCUCUUAUGUCCACGAGACACCAGUUUUCUCUCCCCUCCAGAUCGCCAGAUCGACCGCGUACACCAACUCAGUCUACAACAACAUGGCGGUCAGCCCGGCCUACGGGCAGCAGCUGACCUCUGCAUAUUACCCGUCUUCCUCUCCUCCCGGGUUUGGACCUGGUCAGACCCGCAUGUUCAGCAUCAAUAACCUCAUAGGACACCAGACUCCAGGGAGCAUGCUGGGAGGUCAAGUGCCGGAGGCGAUGCAGCAACCCGGCCGCAGCUUCAGUCCCGAGGGGCCCCCGAACGGGUCCGGCCCCUGCGGCCUGGCAGCCCCGGCUUUCCACAGCCAACCGUGCGGAGGCCCCGUGUCUUCGCGCUCUUCCGCGCAUCCUGGGUUCAACUACUCCGGGCCAAACAGCCACCCGCACCAGCAUCCGCACCAGGGCUCGUACGGGCAGGGCCAGACCCAGGGGUACGCGGCAACGGGACGCCUCCACCCCUCAGCCCACCACGGGUCCCUGGAGGCCAUGGACCAUUACGGCAGGGUGUCCCCAGUGCAGCUGGGCUCUUUCUCCCAGUAUAACAGUGCUGCUGGGCCUAUCGCCAACACCGGGGGUUAUCUGAGGCACCCGACGUACCCGGGGAACAUGGACAGGUUUGUGUCUGCAAUCUGAGCUCUAGAUUAUCUCCACCAACUUGUGAGCGUCUUGAGACUUGAGACGGGCACCCAGUGAGCAAGACAUUUCUGCACGCAACCGUGAUUGUUUUUCUUUAAACUUGACAUUUGUUGGAGAAAAAAUGUUUAAAAAAAGACUGAUUGAAAACACCUCUCCUGACACAACUGUGAUUUACCACACGAGAUACACGCCAAAUAUUUGGAUUUUAACGUCAAAGGCCCCCUGGUUUGGAAGCUUCUUUUUAUGUCGUAAAUGGAAUGUGCACGUUUAAUAUUUACUACACUAGUGAGUUUAAAUGAUGGACCUUGGAAUUUUAUGAUAAAUUAUUAUGCUUCAUGGUCAUCGGCUUUGCAAUAAGUGGCUUGUAUGAAGAAUGUGGGCUUUAGUAUAUUUGCAUGUAAUGUAAUGCAUAUUGAGUUUGAAUUUUUGGAAAUAAACAGAAUUAAACUUUGAACUUUGUUUCUUUGAGAAUAAAAUAUUUAAAAUAUUGACGUGCCAAAAUACACCAGAAUUGCAAUUUUUCUUAUUUCGAAAAUGAGAAAUGUGGUUUGCCGCUUGAUUUAAUCAAGAAUAUAUUUGCAAUAGUUGUAAAAAAUAAAAUACAUUUGCCGCCAGUAAUAAAAUAAAUCCUUUUUACACAUC